CUCUUUUUAAUCCUCAACAAGCGAGGCAAAGUAGAGAGUUGAAGUGUACAACAACGACACAAGGAGAGAAUGUCCUUUAUCGUUCACGCUGCUUUGUUCCUGGGUUUCGUGGCUUUAAGCCAGGCCUGCAGUUGUAUGCCGCAACAUCCCCAGGAAGCCUUCUGUAAUGCGGGAUUUGGUAAGUUGCGAAUCAUUCACUAGACUGUAAGACAAAGGUGUUUGAAAUUCCAUGGUAAAAUGUAACUCACGGCGCCCUCGCUUUUGUUUGCUCGCACACACAUGGUGCACUUCUCAAACAAAACAUUGACUUCCUGGUAGUAAAAGAACUGUUUUAAGGGUGUCCUUGAAGAGCAUAUUUUAUUUGGGCAGAGUUUUAUGCAGAAUCUAAUCGUCCGCCGAGUUCAUUUAGCGGGUCAACUUUUUGACUUGAGUUGGCAUGAAAUAGUUGUAUUUAUUUUACAUUCUUAACCGAUAUAAAUACUAGGAAAAAACGUUAUGAAUUUUCAGAAUGCUCAUAGAAUCUAAGUGAAGAAUCAACAAGCUCCACAGUUUCAUGAUUUAAGCCUAAUUUUAACACCAGAGUACAAGCGUUAUCUAGGCCUGUUUGUGAUAGACUGUGCACCUACUGAAUUACAGCAGUUCUGAAAAUUGUGUAACCUGCAGUCGAACUCAGUAGUUUCAGUUAGGCGAUGCAUUCAAAGCCACCCAAAAAGCUAACCCAUCAGCAGCCUUCAUCACUUCAAACGCGCGAAGCAUUCGAUACUUAAAAGAGGAAAUUGGCGUUUCAACAUUUCUUCUAUGUAUCAUCGACACUUCCUGUCGAAGAUGUGUGCUUUCAUCUCAAGAUAAAACAAACAGCCCAUUUAUUUGCACAAACAACCACUAAUGUCCCUUCUGUUUGCUUUUUUUGUUAUGAUAUGCGGUCGCUUUGUAGAUUGUUCCAAAUAUUUAUCCACUUAUGAACAAAGCACAUAAUCCUCCCGUUGAUAUCACGGAUACGUACUCGUGUUUUUAAAAGUGUAGCAUCCUUGAGUAAAUUGAAGCUCAGAUCGGAGCGCACGCUCAGCAGUCCGUAUAUGCAUCAUUGUACUUGAUCGGUUCAGAGACCGAGAGAAAGAAUCUUGUGAAGAACUUGAAUUACUCCGCAGGAAAGGAGAAAAACCAAACAAGGAAAAAAAAACAAUAACUAGAUUUGCUAUUGAAAUAUGAACCGGAUAUUGGAGUUGUUUUAGCUGGCUUUGCGGGGAGUUUUGAUCUUCACUUUAUCAGCCAUUAUCUUCACCGGGCACGUAGCUCGCGUGCUGCGCAAAGGGAACUUUAAUGUUUUUACAAAAGCACUGAUAAUGUGGUCAGAUAUGGCUGUAAAAACGUGCGUGCAAUGUUCCCGCCUUAGAAAUAGCUUCGAUUCCUCGUUUGGCUCUGUUUAACGCAGUCACCAUUUUUCGCUUUAAACGCUGAUAUUACCCGCAUAAUUUGAACUAUUGGUUUGUUCUUGGGACAAGAUAACGUUUCUAAUCUAGCGUUUUGUGAGGCUUCCUCUAGUGCUUGCAACUUCCGUAAAGAUACUUCAAGUUCAGCUUCGAUAGCCUCCACUGAGAACGGAAAUAGUUUUAGAGUUUGUACUCUGCUAUCACUCUUUGUGUUGGUCAUUACGAAGGUUGAGGUGAAAUUUUUUGCGAGACCUAAAUUUCUCAUGUUAAGGUCAAAUUACGAGAAAUACUGAUCCACAUAGUUCAACUUUUAAAUAUCCAGUAAAUAGAACAAGAGCUAAAUGAAUCAUUUCCAUUUGCCGAAAGGCACGUUCUUCUGAACUACAUUAUCAAUCCUGGUUCCUGGUCAUGUUCACCUAUUCAAGCUCCUAACAAUACACUGAUACGCAUAGUAACAUUUGUAUUACUAAGACUAAGAUCUCAUAAGCGAUUCUCCUUUUUGGCUGGUGCACAUUUUCGUUGAAAGAAUUUCGUGGUUUGAUUUUUUUCCCCCAAGUUUCCGAAUUCUUAUUACUAGUUUGCCAAGGCAGAUCGAAAGACUCCUGAACAUGUUGCAUUCUCAUAUACUGACCCAGUUUCACCCAGCCCCCUUAUGAUACAGCGGAAUGUUAGUCGCUAAUCAUUACAGCUGAAGACUUUUCUUACUAAACAUAUCUUUAGAUGAAUUUGUUUUUCGUGUUUAGAAUUGUGCUUAAAGAUAGUUUACUGAAACUGUUUUACAUGAAAUACUUCUAAUAUCGUUGCUUAUAAUCAUUAUUCCUAUUUCAGCUGGAAGUAAUUGUGUUCAUUCGGUAAGAGGAAGAUACGAUGAACCUAAUUCUUGUUUCUUUUUCAGUGAUACGUGCGAAGGUUUUGUCUCAAGAAGUGGAGGGGUACGACAGAGUAAUCGGUAUGCGAAUCCUGAAGACUUACAAGGGAGCGACAGCACUAAACAAAACCGAGGGAGUUCGGUUUUAUGGGUCCAACCAGGGAAGUCUUUUUGCCAAGGUCUAUACUUCCAAAGAUGGUGCCAGCUGUGGCCUUGACUGGAUUAAGAACGACACAAGGUACGUCAUCUUCGGAAGGUUUCGCAAGGGUAAACUUUGGGUGAGCUUAUGCAAUUUUGUACAAGAUUGGUCCCAAGUCCUCAAGCGCCAGGCUGUACGUGUUGGUAUCAGGCGCUUCUAUGGGCAAAACUGUGAUUGUCAGCUUGCACUGUGUCACGGCAGAGACUGCGGAAAGCUCAAAGGAUGUGCUUCAACCCAUCUAUCUCCUCGCAAGAACCCUUGUGAGUGGGACCACUCCUAUUGUGUGAAAAACUCCAAAGGGACCGCGUGCUCUUGGUACGAAACACCAAAGUACAAGGAGUGCAUGGCUAACCACCAGCCCUAGUUAGACUACUCAAAAUUUCUGUGCGAAAAACGAUAACGACCUCGAGACUAAUAACUCAUUUUUGAACAGAGAGCAUGUGUAACGAAACAUAGAACAUAAAAAUUUGCCCUAACCUUUAUCUCUCAAGAUCUGAUUGUUACUUCUCCCUUCCAGCUGCUUGGAAAUUAGUUAUGAGAUUUUGUGCUAGAUCAUCUUCACAACUUCAACCUAAUAAGUCUUAGUGUUCUCAUCACUUGUUUGCUGGAUAGUGUGUGGAUAUUAUCAGGAGAAAUAUCUUGUUUAUCACUUCUGGGAGUUAAAGGGUUGAUGAUUUCGAGUCUUCCGCGAAGAUUACUACCUCUGUAAUUAGAUCAUUUGAUCCGCAGGCUGUAUUUCUAAUAUAGAACAGUAUUUUUCUCUUUUGGUUGUUCCUAAAACUAGGUGUUGAUAAUUUUUUUGGUGUUUUCUAACAAUAUAUAUAUAAUUUUAAAGAGAAAUUUGAGCGCUAAUCACCCAUAAAAAUGAGAGAAAAUAUCUUUUCAAAGUCAUAGAAACGGACUUAAAAACACAAUGAAUACUUGUUUACAAUCAAUUUCGACGACAAUAGGGAAAGAUAAAAUGACAAUCAUGUUUCCCUUCCAGUUUUCAUGACAAAAAAGCGAAUUUUCUCAGAAGGACAUCCAACUAGAAUUAACGAACGUAGUAUUUGUUAACUAUGAGACCAAUUUCAGUUUAUUUUUAACAUGUUUCAUCAAUACUUGAUGACAGUUGCCAUUUUAUAUGUGCAAUGUAGAAGUUAGUUCGACGCGUGAAUGAUACGUCGCAAAUUCAUGUUCAAAGGUUUUUCUGAUUUUAAAUAAUUGAAUUAGUCCUAAGUCUUUCAAAAUAUUGUAGCGUUGAGUCUAA